AUGAUCGAUAAUUCCAUGGCCUUGUUCCAUAAUGAUGGCGGAAUCCAUAUAGAGGAUGAAGUCAUUAAUAGUCAAAGCAGUGAUGACCAGCCCGACGCCAAUCAUAUAACCUUGAGUCAAGUUUCAUGUCUUAUUGAGCACCCAAGUAGGGUUGAAGACGGUGAAAUUGACAACUACGUUUACAAGCACAAUACAUUUAUGAUGGAGCAUAAGGUCAAAAGAGUUAAUAAAUUUAUUGAUACCAUUAGACAAUACUGGAGUGACGCAUUACCAACUGAGAUGAUUGUAGCCUUCGAUGAGUCUAAUGGUGAUAUUGAUGAGCUUACUAUGAACCUCCUCAAGCCAGAAUUCAAGGAAAGUGUUCGGAAAAUCUUGAAACAGAAAUUAGAACACAAGCUCAAGCCAAUAACCCAGCCAGAAACUACAAUUCCAGAAGAAGCCGACGAUGAUGAAGGCGAAGAUGAAGGUGAUGAUGGCGAUUAUAUACAACCAGUUCAAGUUGAAGUAUCAAGAGCUCCAACUCACAGACAUACAAAGUCAAAUCCAGUCCCACAUGGAGUAAUUCCACCAUGCCCAGCCGGAGUUAAUCCGACUAACUGGGUAAACUGGAGUGAUGCAAGAAGAUCAUCUUAUUUACGAGGACAAGAAUAUCCUAACGCCUAUUACUACAGACAUCUUCCACCGGGCGAGAAACAAAAGAACGGUGGAUGGACUGCCGCUGAAAAGGCAAACUUCAUGAACAGAGUUCGCGAAUUCAGAGGCAACCAGACAUUUAUGUCUGGCGAUUGGGGUCUGUUUUCUAAGACAAUUCCUGGCAGAGUCGGCUAUCAAUGCGCAAAUUUCUACAGAAAACUCGUCGAAGCUGGCGAAAUCUUUGAUUCGAAUUACGAAAAGGGUGAAGACGGCCGUAUCCACCACAAAUCAAGGAUUCACGAUGGAAAGAUUGUCGUCAAGACAAAGGGAAAGGUUCAGCGCCAGCAUGUCGCUAAGCCACCAAAAAUUAUUCCUCCAAAUAAGAUUCGCUCCAUUCAUUUUAUCUUCCGCAGCGAUCCAGUACAACCAACACCAACAUCUACAACUUACGAGACAACAUCAGCCUCCGAUGAGCACCUUUCUCGUUACGAAGCAUGGGCUGCUCAAAAUCCUCUUAAAGAUGCCAUCGAUCAGAUCACGCAGGAGCCAAUUAGAGUUCCUGCUAUCUCUCCUGAUGGAUAUGUCCUCGAUUACAACACUUGGUUGAACGUUUUGAAGUCUAACAAAGAGAAUCCGUUUACUCGUGUUCCUGUUACGAAACGUCAACUCGUUAUCUUGACCGACGAUAACUUCGAAGAGUAUGAAGAUAAAAUCGUCAAUCUUAACGCUCCUGCUCAAGAAGCAGAGUGA